AUGGCGGCCCGCGACCGCUUCGGCGGCUUCGCUGAGCCGACCAUGACCCCAUUGCAACGCUACAUCAUGAACGCCUGCGACCCGCAGAACUUCGAGCCCAACCUGGCCCUCAAUAUCGAGAUCGCCGAGCUGGUCAACCAGAAAAAGGGCAGCGCCCCGCGCGAGGCCGCCAUGGAAAUCGUCAAAUUCGUCAACUCGCGCAACCCGAACGUCUCGCUGCUUGCCCUCAAUCUGCUGGACAUCUGCGUCAAGAACUGCGGCUAUCCCUUCCACCUGCAGAUCAGCACCAAAGAGUUCCUCAACGAGCUUGUCCGCCGCUUCCCCGAGCGACCCCCCGUCCACUCGUCGCGCGUCCAGAACCGCAUCCUCGAGCUGAUCGAGGAAUGGCGCUCUACAAUUUGCAUGACCUCGCGCUACAAGGAGGACCUAGGCUUCAUCCGCGACAUGCACCGUCUGCUCAGCUACAAGGGCUACACUUUCCCUGCCAUCAGGCGCGAGGAUGCUGCGGUCUUGAACCCCAGCGAUAACCUGAGGUCCGCCGAAGAGAUGGAACAGGAGGAGCGCGAGGCCCAGUCCGCCAAGCUCCAGGAACUCAUCAGGCGCGGCACCCCCCACGAUUUGCAGGAAGCCAACCGGCUGAUGAAGGUCAUGGCUGGCUUCGACACCCGGAACAAGACGGAUUACAGAGCGAAAGCGGCGGAAGAGGUUGGCAAGAUACAGCAGAAGGCCAAGCUGCUCGAGGACAUGCUCCAGAAGCACCAGGCCGGGGACCAGAUCAAAGAGGGCGACGUUUUCGAGGAGCUCGCCAAUGCUUUGGCAAGCGCCCACCCGAAAAUUCAAAAAAUGUGCGAGGAAGAGUCGGACGAUCACGAGGCUGUGGCCAAGCUGCUGGAAAUCAACGACAGCAUACACCGGACUCUGGAGCGAUACAAACUCAUCAAGAAGGGCGACGUCGAGGGCGCCGCCAAGAUCCCCAAGGGUACGCUGGGCGUGAGCGGGGCCGGUGUCAAGAAGGGCCCGGACAACGAACUGUCUCUGAUCGACUUUGGCGGCCCCGACGAAGCAACAGCUCCCGCCGGCCAACCGAGUGCCAGUUCGAGCGCUGCCGCACCAAAGGGGAACGCGUUGGAGGAUGACCUACUUGGCCUGAACCUGGGCGGCAACGACAGCUUCCAAGGUGGAGGCAUUUCUCUCGGCGCCACAAACGGGGCUGCCUUCCAGCUGCAGCCGACCUCACAGACUCCUGUGCAAAACCUCCUCGGAGGCGGCCCUCCAGCGUCCCAACCGACUUCCCCACAGCCGAAUUACAACGCCUUUGCCGGACUCGGCGGUCCUUCCUUGGCUCCACAACCGACUCCGCCCCAGCAAACUUCGAUGUUUUCGCCGCCCCCUCAGCAACCGCCGCAGAAAGCUGCAGACCCUUUUGCUGCUCUCGCAUCCCCCCGGACUGCAUCCCCCUUCCAGUUCCAGCAAUCCGUUAAGCCCGCAGCAUCCCCGUCCAGUGCUCUCGUCGGCCUCGGAGGCACUUCAACCCCACCUCCCGCUGCUCCGGCACCAGCACCCGCAGUUAAUGAUGACGACGAGUGGAACUUUGCCUCGGCAUUGCCGGACCAACCGUCGACGCAAACCGUUAUUAACACCAGCAUAAGAACUGAUUUCACCGUGUCGCGUCAAAGUGAUGAUGUCAUCCACAUCCAUGCGGCCAUAUCAAAUAACAUGCCCACACCCGUUUCUGAGCUUACAAUGCAGCUAGCCGUCACAAGGGGCUAUACUUUGAAGCUGGAGCCCCAGUCUGGCAGGCUAUUGCAGCCCAACCAGCAGAAUGGCAUCACGCAGAACAUCCAUCUGCAUGGCGUCCAACGCGGACAGGGUGCGGCUGUCAAGAUGCGCUGGAGGGCCAGCUACAUUCUCGGCUCAGAGCGCAAGGAGGAACAGGGUGAGAUAUCGAGUCUGGGUGUGUCAUGA